AUGCACAGGUUUAUCUCGACGCACUUCCUUCCCCGCCACAAAGAUGACCUGAAACCGAACACAAUAUACAAGCUCAACAAGUUCAGCAUCAGAGCUUCUAGAUCAGUUUACAGAGUCUCACCGCAUAAUCACGCUAUCGGCUUCACGAGCAAGACAACCUUCGUCCCUGUUCCUGAAGGGGACUACCAGAUUGAUUCUCAGCACUUUCAUAUUAUUGGCUUUUUGCGAGUCAUCAACGGGGACAACUUAGACAGUCAGACACCCAUGGCUACUGCCCCAACGCCUAAUGGUGAAAAGUCAAAGAAUAUGGUCUUCUUGCAUGUCCAACUUGAGGACGGUGAGAUAGCUCGUGUUUAUCUGUGGGACACAAUUGCUGCUACUUUUCGAAGUAGGUGGAAUGAUAGCAAGACAAAACCGUCAGUAAUCUUGAUCACCACUCUCAAUUCAAAAACACUUGGAGGUGUUGUGACCUUAAGCUCCACAGCCUCCACAUGUCUCUUCUUUGACUCGGACAUCAUUGAGACAGAAAAAUUAUUAUCAAGGUUUGAAGCUGAUGGAAAAACCCCACCAACUGUCAACAGCUCCACCGCUGCAGUUACUAAAGUGGAGACAGUGACACUGAACGAGAUUCACAAAUUCUUAGAAAAUGAGUCACCACAGGUCGCUAGCUUCAUCUGCACUGCAACAAUAACAGAAGUAAAGGAAGAAUAUGGUUGGUACUUCAUCUCCUGCACCGCCUGCAAGUGGCAACUGGAAAGGUCAGAAACAUCUUUCAUUUGCCCUAACUCCAAGUGCAAGAAACCAAACACUGUUGGGCUCAUCAGUGGCAAUGAAGCAACCUUUGUGAUUUUUGACAAAGAAGCACUGAAAUUGGUGGUAAGACAGGCGCCUGACGUCAUGAAUGAGGUGAGUGAGUCUGGUGAAAACGGUUCAAAUGAAGAUCCUGGCACUGCAACACCUCAAUGUGUCCUAGACAUUGUGGGGCGCACGUGCACGUUCCAAGUGAAGGUCAAUGACUUCAAUUUCAAAUCAGUUCGCACGACAGCUACAGUAUCCCACAUUGUUGAUGCUGAUAUUCAGAAUGGUCAAACCUUGCAAACCAAUGAUGAGAAGAAGGAUGGCAAGCGCCAACGUCUCAACUAG